AUGGAAGAUAUCGCCGUACAGGCGUCCCGAAAUGUAAAUCGUACAGAAACCGAUCUCUUACAGGCUCUCUUUCGUGCAGAGCCUGUCACUCAAGGCCUGGAAUCCUUGCUGGCAAAAUUUCGGUCAGCAUGUCAGGACUUCCUCUUCCUCGACUUCGAGGCUGCGGCCGGAAAGAAAGUCGAAGACCGCCUGUGGAAUGCUCACAUGAAGGCCAACUCGAGGUUUCGGCAGUAUCUUGCCAAUUUCCGUGAAGGAGAAGGCAAGAAGAAGGUUGUCGAACGUCGAAAGGCCGAGAAGCUCUAUCUCGAGUUCAUCAAGUCGAGCCAACGCUUCUAUCGAGAGUAUAUCCAACGACUCGCCUCAAACUUCAAGGAUAUAUCAGAGAUACUUGAGAUUGCACGCGACAUGAAGUUGGACACGCUCUCCACAGACCCUCCACAGACUGUCGACAACACACUGAAGAAACAACUCAUCGAUUCAUGUUAUUCUGCCCUUGUGCAACUGGGGGAUCUCUCGAGGUAUCGAGAGACUGAACUGCAGACGAAUCGACGCAACUGGGGUCCUGCUGUGGGGUAUUAUAACAAGGCUGUCGCCCUCAAUCCUACGGAAGGCCGAGCAUAUCACCAACUGGCUGUCGUCGCUCUUGCCGAUGACGACCAUCUACGAGCUGUCUACUACUUCUAUCGAGCCAUCUGCCUCAAUAAACCCGCCCCACAAGCUCAAGCAAACCUGGACCUUGAGUUCAAGAAGCUCAGAACAAAGUCAAACCAAGGCAAACCUAUCUCCACUGCUGCAUUGGUUGCUGAGGGCUGCCGUGACCUUCAUGACCGCUUCCUUAUAUUUCACGCUAGUUGUCUCGGAAAGGAUCCAGCGGAACAAAAGGAUCAGCAAAUUGAGAUCCUUCAACUUCUCGAGGAGCAAAUUCGAGAGCGGUCUGAUGCUGCACUACUCAGAAAGCUCGUCUUGGUAAAUAUCGCCGCAGAGAAGUCUGCCACACAGAAAGCCAACGCCACGCGGCCCUUUGAGAUCUUUCAAUCGUUUAAUGUCAAAACCUUUUUCCUACUGCUCAGAAUCUUGCUUGACGAACUGCAGAAGCUCUCAGGAGCAACCACUAACGAAGAAAAUGCCACAACGGAAGAUUUGGCGAAAGUCCCUCCAGUUGUCCGCCGAAUUCUUCCCCAUUUGAGGCUGUAUAGCGGAUGGCUGUUGAGUACGGUCCACCUCCUGCUCGAGAACGAGAAUCUUGUCGUGUCUCUGCGGCAGAUGUGGCCGUUAUAUGUCAACGUUCUCAAUAUCCUGAUGCAGGUAUUUCCUCCUAAAGCUGCGCCUGAGAUUCAAUACCUCCUGGAUGAAGAUAUGGACACCCGAGGCUUCUCUGCCUUCAGUCCUCUCGUCCAAAAGAUGCGCCUUUCCAACCGUCUGGGGCCGAUCAAACAAGUUUACAGCGAAGCAUCAUUUGGCCCUCGUUCUCCUGGAGACGAGAUGCGGUAUCGACUCAAAUGCCUGAUCACAGACGGAGCAUUACUUGCCCGUAAACAAGAUGAUUUCAAUUCCUUGCCCAUUCCUAUCACAUUUGCCAACAUGCGUUUCGUCUACUCUGAGGCGGACGAUGUUACACCCGCCGAGAAUCAAAGUGCGCCUGCCAGGGCUGUCGCCUCCAUUGCGUCAAUGGAGGGUAUACACAGUUAUCUUGGGCACGCUGCCCAGCAUGAAAUUCCCGCGCCCCAAGCACCGAGCCAACACCCGGCGGCUUUCGACACUGAAAAUUCAAUGGCCUAUCAGAUGGAGAACAUGGUAGAUAAUCUCAUGCGGUCUGAAGCGUCACGGCCCGUUAACAGUUCUGGAACCGCCACGUACGAUGUUCCCGCAGCCACGUCGAACCCUCAAUUGGUGCCACCGGGGCUCACCAACCGAAGCAUAUCGCAAUCGCAUCCUGCUUCCUUCACCGCUCGAGAUCUCGUGCAGCGAAUUCAGCGGUCAUCACAGCCUAGCGCGGCGGACCAGGCUGUGAAUGUGGCCAUCUUGCCCUCCAUCUUGAACACUCCAUUUGCACCACGACCUGGAGAAACGCCAGAAUCGUCACCGCGGCCGAGUACUUCCCACCGUUUCCCCGAACCGUCGUCAGCCCCUGUUCGCCUCAGCAGUUCUGCCCAAUUCCAGGCCCACCUUAUGCACAUGCAGGACCAGGUCCAAAUGCGGACGUCACCACUAGAGACAUGUGAGCCGACUAUGUCGAGCCACUAUGGCACCCCUGCACAUAUGACGACUUGGAUGCGAGCGAAUGACCCAAUCCAGCCUCAAUUGUCACCCUGGCGAGCCUCUUUCGGCAGCGCAGUACCUGUGCAGCAUUCUCCCAUUUCGACCCGACCCCCGGAAUCAUCACCUUUUGGCGCCAUUGGCGAGUCGCGUCCGAAAAGCAGUCGGACUCCUACCAGCGGCCAGCCGGGAUGA